CUCUAGUGCGGUGGACAGUUCCAACCUUAGUGGUCUUGGUGGAGGAGGUACUAUAGUGGCUUAUUGUACCGCCACUAUUAUAUGUGCCGGCAAGAUGGUUUACCCGAGCAAGAAGCCGGCGCUGGAGAGGAUGGAGAGCGUGCUGGAUGAACGAGAGAAGUUCGGGGUGCCGGACGCCAUCCUGCUGGAGGACUACCUAAACGAGCAGGUCUUCAUCGAGAACCUCAAGAAACGCUACCAUGAGAACCUGAUUUAUACGUACAUCGGGCAGGUGGUGAUCUCCGUCAACCCGUACAAGGACCUGGGGCUGUAAGAUGAGUACCUGGAGAAGUACAGGAACGUCAACUACAAGGUCCCGCCCCAUGUGUUCGCCAUCACAGAAAAUGCCUACAGGUCCAUGACGGCCGAAGUCGCUGACCACUGCAUCCUUAUUUCAGGUGAGUCAGGGGCCGGUAAGACGGAGGCCAGCAAGCAGGUGUUGCGGUUCCUGGCGGCGACAUCUCUUCACCGGCGGGAGAUGGACCGUGUUAGAGAUCGCCUCCUACACAGUAACCCUCUACUGGAGGCCUUCGGCAAUGCCAAAACCAACAGAAACGACAACUCCUCCCGCUUCGGCAAGUACAUGGACAUCGAGUUUAACUUCAAGGGUGACCCAGUUGGUGGACACAUUCUGAACUACUUGCUGGAGAAAUCACGUGUUAUUCACCAGGAGAUUGGAGAGAGGAGUUUCCACAUAUUUUACCAACUUCUUGCGGGUGCUCCUGAUGAACUGAUAGAGAAACUCCAUCUUCAGAGAGAUCCAGACACCUACUUCUACCUCAGACAGGGCAAAAACAGUGUUGUCAAUUCCAUCAAUGAUCGAGCAGACUUUGAGGCUGUUGACCAUGCACUGGACAUUCUCAGCUUCACAACGGAGGAACAGGAGUCUAUUUGGGGAGUGGUGGGAGCCAUCUUACACUUGGGUAAUGUUGCCUAUGAAGCAGAUGAUGAUGGACUCGCUAGGGUUAAAGAUGAAACGCCCAUUAGUGACUGCAGCAAGUUACUAGGCUGUGAAAAGGACGAGAUGCUUAAAGCUCUCACACAUCGUACCAUUGAGGCACGUGGAGAUGUUGUCACUUCACCCCUCAGCCCAGACCAGGCUGUCUAUGCCCGAGAUGCCCUUGCCAAGUCAGUGUACGAGCGUCUCUUCGACUGGCUCGUGGUGAGACUAAAUCACUCUCUUCAAUGCCCUGAGGCGGGAAGGAAAACUCUUCUUGGUAUUCUUGAUAUCUAUGGCUUUGAGAUCUUUGACAAGAAUGGGUUUGAACAGUUCUGUAUUAACUACUGUAAUGAGAAACUACAGCAAGUGUUCAUUGAGCUGACCCUUAAGAGUGAGCAGGAGGAAUACAGGCGAGAGGGAAUAGAGUGGGAACAAGUGCAGUACUUUGACAACAAGAUCAUUUGUGAUUUAGUGGAGGAAAAGCACAAAGGCAUCAUUUCCCUCUUGGAUGAAGAAUGUCUUCGUCCUGGUGAUGCAACAGAUUUAACCUUCCUUUCCAAGAUGAAUUCUCACCUGGCUUCUCACGAACAUUACUUUAGCUAUGACACUUCUCAUAACAACAAGGUAAAGAAAACAAUUAAUAAGGAUGAAUUCCGCUUGCGGCACUAUGCAGGUGAAGUUGCCUACCGAGUACAAGGCUUUCUGGACAAGAACAAUGAUUUACUCUUCCGUGACCUUAAGGAGACCAUGACACAUACCUCUAAUUCGAUAACUAACAUCGUUUUUCCCAAGGAUGAACUGCUCAGAAAGAAGAGACCUGCUACUGCUGCCACACAAUUCAAAAACAGUUUGGCUGAUUUAAUGACCAUUCUCAUGAGCAAGGAACCUUCUUACAUUCGUUGCAUCAAGCCUAAUGAUGACAAGCGAUCAUUUUACUUUGAUGAGGAGCGUGUGAGCCAUCAGGUGAAAUAUCUUGGUCUAAUGGAAAAUUUGAGGGUGAGAAGAGCAGGUUUUGCCUACCGCCGUACGUAUGAAAUCUUCUUGGGCCGAUACAAGUCUGUGUGUCCUGCUACAUGGCCAAACUACCCAGGACCAGCCAAGGAUGGCGUGAAAGCUAUUGUUCAGCAUCUUGGCUAUCAUCCAGAUGAUUACCGAAUGGGAGCAACUAAGUUGUUCAUCCGGUUGCCAAAGACACUCUUCCAGACUGAAGAUGCUUUCCAAAAACGAAAGAGUGAACUAGCAACUAUGAUCCAGGCUAAGUGGAAGGCAUUCAUGUACAAAAGAAGGUUCCUUAGGAUGAAAGCAGCAGUGACUGCACUGGCCAAGCACUGGAGACGUGUAAUCGCUCAGAGAUUGCUUGUCCGCAGGAAAUGGGCUGUUGGAGUUGUGCGAGCGUUUGUGAAGGGCUUCAUCACUCGCAAUGAACCUGUCAACCCUACAAAUGCUCGGUUUCAACAGUUGGUCAAGUGUGAAUAUCUGUUUAGAUUAUCGAGGUCCCUCCCAACCAAUGUUUUGGACAAGAGUUGGCCAAGUGCUCCAGCCCCCUGUGCUGGGACCUCAACACUCCUUCAUGGUCUGCAUCGUACUUACCUUGCCCGGAAAUAUGUGAAGGCUCUGCUACCAGAAAAGCGAGCCAUGUUUGAGGAGAAGAUUUUGGCUGAGCAACUGUUCAAGGAAAAGAAAAUAAGUUACCCUCAAAGUUUGCCAAACUGGUUUGUAAACUCUAGGCUAGACCCAGUAACUGAGAGUUUGAGGAAAACUGCAUUUGAGGACAUAAUCAAGACAGCGGGAGAAAAAACAAAGUACUGCAUACCAUGCACCAAGUUUGAUCGUCACGGCUACAAACCCCGGGAACGCAUCUUGAUCCUUACAUCGGGAGCUCUGUACUUGCUAGAAGCAAAGGAGAAUAAGCUGAAGCAAAAGCAUCGAUUCUCUCUAAAGGAAGUUCAAGGCCUACAUGUGUCUCCAAAUGCAGAUAACCUUCUUUUGAUACAGAUUCCUGCAGAGAAUGCCAAGAGAGAUAAGAGUGAAGGUGCUUGUGACCCUAAUCCAAAGGGUGACUUAAUCAUCAGUGUACCAAAUGUGAUUGAAGCUGUAACCAAGAUCAUAACAGUCAGUGACAACCCUGAAGCGCUCAAAAUUGCAGAAUCUGAGAGCAUUGGUCACACAAUGAAGAAUGGAAAGAUGGGUACAAUUAUGCUUGACACUGGCUCAUCAGUCACCACUAUCAAUAAAAACAAGGAGGGCAAACUAUUAGUGGUGGCUGGACAGUGAGGAUCAAGUGAUAUAUAGUAACAUAAGAAAAACUGGCACAAGAUGACUUAUUGUAAACAUUUAAACUGAUAAGGAAAAUGAAGGGAAGGAACAAGUUUAUGGGGUUGAGAGUGAAAUAGAAUAAUGACUUCAGACCUGCAAAUAUACUAUCUAGUAAUUUGGAUGUUUAUCAGCCUUGAUCCCCAUCAGUUUUGCAUGACAAGCUGACUUUAAAAGGAAAUGAUAGUCUUUUGAGCUGAUAUACAAGUGACUGUAUUUUGUUAUAUUUUAGAAACUGUGUAAUAAAGUGCCUGCACUUCUUUUUGAAGCACUAGAUGAACAAAUAUAGUUUUUUUUUUAUUUUAGCCAAAGCUCCUAUGUAGCUCUGAAAUUGGUACAGUUCCUGUGGUUUGAAACUAUUGCUAAUGUACUGGAGUCCUAAUAACUUGCUGAUCAUGAAAGAACACCGACAAUGUUUAAGGUCUGUAAUUUUCACAUUAAUUUUUGCUGUAAAUAAAAGAGAAACAAAUCUUCAGUAACUUCUGAAUAUUGUAGUGAGAGAGAUAGCAGUGUUUGUAAUUUAUUACCUACUUAUUUUUAUAUUUAUUACUAGUCAUAAAAGAUUGUUUAGUCUUAAUACUGUGAUAUAUUUAGCACAGUUCAUGAUGGUGUUCCAAGAUGCCAUUUAUGUCGUAUGCACAGAGUGGCUUUGAAAAAAAAAACCAAUGGUCAUAACCCCAAUUUCUUGGGCAAAAACGAUCAUCCUAAAUAGAAGUUUGAGUACGGAACCAUAUGAUUUUUUAGAAGGGGCAUCAUAGGUAGCUAUAAUUAUUCAAUGCAUUAAAAAAAAAGUGGUAGGGAUUUGCUUGAGAGUUUUCUCCACACACAAUUACAAAUUUGAAUAGUUCAAAUAUCUUUACCUCCAGUUACAACUCCCUAAUUGGCUCUUUCCCACAAUAAUGGAAGGCAACUGGAAUAAAUUUAAAAAAUGGUCAUGCAAAUUUUAACUACAAUGAAGUUUACAACCACUCUUGAGCAUGUGUCUGUCUUAACUUUGUGUUAACUUGUAGUAUUUCAUUGAAUAUCUCAGUGUAUUCUAUACUGAAAAUGCUACUUAUGCUUUAACAAAAAGAUUUAAACUGUAUCAAUGAAUUUUGUUUCUGCAUAUUGAGUAGAUCCAUGCAGAAUCUUACUGAAACUUUUGGCUACUGUAUAUACAUAAUUAUUAGUUCUAUAGAAACCACAGCAGAAAUGGUCCAAACUUUGAAUAAUAAAGUUUGUUUGCUUGCUUAGUUAACAGUGCAGGUGAAGAAUUUGGGUUAUAUAUGCAUGAGGACAACUCAAAUGUAGAGAAUGUUAAUGUUUCUAGUAUAUAAUGUGAGAGCAUGUGGAGAUUCAUGGUGGCCAGUGUUGUAAAAAGAACCCAUACAAGAUUUUUUUAUGUACAGGUAAAUAGAUAAAAUAUAAACUUAGAGAAACAAAAUUGGGAACACUUGCACAUUUAGAGUUACGUGCAUUACCAAAUAAGGGGAAGUACAAGUUAUUUUCUUUGCAUUGUCAUUCCACAUAUUUAGGAGUACUGUAUUAUGCUACUUUUUCUGAACAUAUUUUAUUUUGUGUAUUAUACCAGCAUUGAACCUUUUGUUAGUAUGACUAACUAUUAAAUGGAGGAUUUUUUGUUUUAAAUGUACAUAGUCUGUAAUAGAAUAUUGUUUUGGUGCUAAAUUAUAAGUUACUAUUGCUAUUAUUAUUGUGGUAAAUGCCUCAUGUGUUGCAUUUAUAUUGUUAACCAUGGUGAUGUAGGUUCUUUUUUAUUAUAAUGUGUGGAAUUCAUGAUAUUUUGGGAUUUUUCUAAUGUGUGGGGAGGAUUGUUUUGCCUGGCAACGGUGAUUUCCAGGCUCUGAACUAGUGCAUUCCUUCUUGUAAGCAAAGAUACCACCUCUUUCAGUGUUGCGAUUAAAUGUUAGUUAUUUUGUGAUUUAAUAUAUAAUUACCUUUGUGAAGCCUUUAACUUAUUAAUGCCCUAAGAGAGAUUAAUUGGUUGUACUUAUGUUAAAAUCAUUUAAAUAGUAAGCUCACCAACUAGACAGAUGACCACAUUAGUUAGUACAGCCAUAUAUACAGUAUGCAUAUGGUUUUCUUGGUGAGGCUGCACUGUUGGGAUAAAUGAUACCAUCAGCAAUUACAGAUGAUUACUUUUAAAAGUCCUAAGGAUAUCUUAAUAUUAGUGAGAAUUGCUGACUCGAACAUUAUUUUUAAAUAUCUGUAGGAAUACACUUUCAUGAUUUGCUUUAGCUUUUUUGUUACUGAUAAACAUAUUGAGUGCCUUACCCAUGUAAUGUAGAAGUAUACGUGUUUGCUUGCAGUUUUGUCAGUGAUAAACCCAAUGUAACUUGUGGUUUGAUUUUUUGCAAUGUGCCAAGAAUGUACAAGAUAUGAAUAUGAAAUUA